AUGAUCGGCACCCUCAUUAUCAGCGCAAUAGCAAGCUUCGCCAUCUAUCAAGUUGUCUGGAGAUAUCGCAGCCUCCAGCGCAAUGUCGCCCUGGCAAAGACUUCAGGACUGCCUGUGAUAGCAUCGCCUUGGAGUAUGCUUGCAAUGUUUUGGUUGGGCACGUACAAGUUGUGGAUGCCGAUGCUCCGGAAAUGUCUCCCCGCAUCUCUGCAGGGCAUUUGGCUAGACAUCCUCCAUCCAGAAUGGGGUCACAUGCUGGGAUACAGGCCUUUCGAGCAGAUUGGCAUGGACGCCUUUAUUGUCGCCUCCCCCAAUAAACUGACUGUCUUUGUCGCCGAUGCAGAAGUCAUCACUCAAAUCACGACCCGUCGCAAUGACUUUCCCAAGCCGCUCGAUAUGUACGGAUCUCUCAAUAUAUAUGGCAAGAAUCUCGUGGCCACCGAGGGUCCCGCCUGGCGCGCCCAUCGCAAACUUGUCGCUCCGAGUUUUGGCGACAGGAACAAUGAUCUGGUUUUCCGAGAAACCAUCCAUCACGCAAAAUCACUGCUUGGUCUAUGGGCUGGACCUGAUGGGAGAGGCAACCAGACCGUCUCCGAACCUUCGGCAGCUGCAAUGAACUUUGCCUUGUAUGUCAUCAGUAGCGCAGGCUUCGACGUACGCGUUAUGUGGCCGCACGAAGAAGACAAGACGGCCGCUGGUCAGCAGGGCGGAGACGAUUCUCUGUUUGUUGGCUCCAAGCCGCCUCCAGGCCAUGUCAUGAGUUAUCGAGAAGCGCUCAGCGAUUUGCUCCAUAACAUCACGUGGACUCAAAUCAUGCCUCUUAAGUGGCUUGCAAAUUCGCCCUUCAAAAUCCAUCGCGUGGUUUCCCGUGCAGUUGUUGAAUGGGGUAAAUACAUGGAUGAAAUGUAUGAAAUGAAAAAGACGCAGGUCAUUGCUGGCGACAACAAAGGAGGCAUGGACUUUUUUGACGCCCUGAUCCGGGGCAGCGGCAUCACAGACAAGGACACGAACGUCAAGAAGAGCGACAUCCUAGGCAAUGCCUUUGUGAUUAUGCUGGCUGGCCACGAAACAACAGCCAACACGCUGCAUUUUUCGUUGCUCUUUCUCGCAAUGAACCCAGGAUCGCAAAAGCGCCUGCAAGAAGAUCUGGAUCGUAUAUUCGAUGGCAAGCCAAUGAGUGAAUGGAGCUACGAAGAACAUUUCCCACAGCUUUUCUCGAGCAUGGCAGCUGCAGUCAUGAACGAGACUCUCCGCCUCUUCCAACCUAUUGUCAACAUUCCCAAAUCAGUUGCACCUGGGCCACCUCAGCAGAUCCAAAUGGGUGGCAAGGAGUACAGUCUUCCCGGUGACGCACACGUGUUGCUCAGUGCGGCUGUCCACCGUAACCCAAAGUACUGGCCUCGACCAGACAAUGAGGUCGAUGAAGAUGGUCUGGAUGGGGAGCAGUUCAGGCCUGAGCGCUGGUUUGUAGAGACUAAACUAGCAGAUUCUUUUGUCGACAUUGACUACGAUGACGAGGCACUACGCGGGCCCUCUGGCGAGGAUACCUCCUCGGUGCUCUUCAAGCCUGUCAAAGGAUCCUAUAUCCCAUUCAGCGACGGCUUCCGGUCCUGCAUUGGCCGACGCUUCGCGCAAGCUGAGAUUCUUGCCGUGUUUUCCGCCAUCUUCACGCAAUACAGUGUUGAGCUUGCCGUUGACGACUUUGCCAGCGACCAAGAGGUGGAGAAGAUGCCAAAGGGAGGUCAAGAGAGGAGAGAUUUAUACAAGAAAGCCACAGAUAGGGCCAGAGACGCGCUUCGGAAUAAGGUUGAUACCAUUAUUACGCUGCAGCUGCGAGAAGCGUCCAUCCCAAUCAGGUUGAUGAAGAGGGGUGAAGAAAGGUUUAUUUAUGAUUAA